AUGGAGUCGUCCUCGGGUUCAGGAUUCGACAGCUGGGAUGAGAGCUCACCGCCAUCGCCGCUGUCGCCAUCGGCCGCACAAUCUGGCAGUGCUAAGAGACCCCGGGGACGUGCGGCAAACGCCUACGACGCCGUGGCAGGACGCGUCACCCUUAAUGGGGCCCUCAACGACUCCGAAACGGCCAGCGGCAGAAGCAAGCGUCGCCUGAGCGUGACGGCCGACCGGUACUCGUCACGCAACCCAAAGCUGGCGCCCGAAGACGCUCUGUUCCGGCGCAAGAACGCGCCUGUUCGGUACGCCGAGCACGACAUCUACUGGGCCAGCGAGGACCUCCCCGACAGCGGCGGCCGCCACCUCCCCGACGGAAGCCUGUUGAAGUCGGUGCACGGCUAUGCGAGCAGAUUUUACGAGGCAGCGGCGGCUCGCCUGGGACCUCGCUGUCUUGUCGGGGCUAGGCUGGUCGACGAGAGGAGCAUGGACGAAACCGCCCUGUUGGCGUUUGGAAUUCUGCUCGAGGAGGCCAGUCGGGAGACCCUCGGCAAGAAGGGCGACUUGGUCUUCACCGAGGCUUCAACCGAGUCCAAGGCGACGGCCAAGAUCUCGCAGGCCGCCAGGCUGCCCGGGUUUACUUUUGCAGAUACCCAGGAAGCUGACGAGGUUCCUGCCUCGCCGAACCCACCAAGGGUGAAGCGGAGGAAGGUGGCAAAAUUUUCCUGA